GCCUGCACACAGCACUGCUGAAAACAGAGUGGAGGAUAGCAACUGGUGAACUGUCAUACAGAGACCACCCUCAUGAAAUUUGCUGCAGCUUGAUGAUGGCUUUGUUAGUUUUGGAGGGGUGAGCAGCUGUGGUUCUGGAGUGUCUGCAAACACCGAGGUUUUGAAGGUUGUCCAAGGCCCCUGGCCCACUCUUGCAUUCUUCCUGCUGCUGAAAACAGAAAUGGAGGGCUCCGAUGCUCGAGAAUGCUGCUUCAUUUGGUGAUUUACUCCUGAUAGUCCCAGGAUUGGAAGGAAUGCCACAGAGAGGAAGCUUCCAAGGGAAGGGGUAUUGGUGCCUGUGAUACUGAGUUCAAUUUCCGAGGCAAUAGAGAUGGGAUGUAGCUCAUCAGCUGUCAUGGAAAACCAGUCAAGAAGAUCCGACAGAGAUUCUUUUGUUCAGUUACCUCCCAGGCAGAUGAGUUGGCAAGAACUCCACCUCCUUUUGCAGACCUUGUUCUUGGACUAAGUCGGCUAAAAUAAAGUCACUGUGCAGAAAACUGAGGACAGAAUGUAAUUGUUUAAAACCAAGAUUCCAUUAUAUCUGCACAUUUGAUGAGGAGGAAGAUCCAUGCUUGGUCUUGACCUGUGUAACAUCUUGGUAUGGUAUAUCAAAAUACCCAGUAAUCAUCACAGAUUUAUGAAUCAGCAGUGAACAGCCAUUAAAGCAGCCAUCCUGAUUCAGGGCUGGUAUCGUCGCUAUGUGGCACGAAUGGAGAUGAGGCGUCGCUACACAUGGAGCAUUUUUCAAUCUAUCGAGUAUUCAGGAGAGCAAGACCAGUUACAGCUGUCCCACUUCUUUACGUUUCUAAUGAACCACUACAUGCAGCCUGGUGAGACAGGCAGUGACUGGCUUUCCCAUCUGUUGACCUCUUCAGGACACACAGGCGACAAUCCAGACACUGAGCAGGAGCUGGGUUAUGAAAGCAUCAAUGUUCCUGAUUCUUACACAGGCCCUCGACUCUCCUUCCCUCUGACAGCUGCAGAUGCCAACGCAUUGCUCAAAGCAUUCAAGCAACAGCAACAACUUCACGGCCGCUACGUGCUCCAGCUCCUGCAUGAAACCAGAAAGAGCCUGAAACAGAGACCCAACAUCACCCAUAUUUCCACGUGUUACUCCAAGGAGAUAACCGUCUGCGGAGAUUUACAUGGAAAACUCGAUGACCUGAUGCUAAUAUUCUACAAGAAUGGUCUCCCCUCCCCAGAGAAACCGUACGUGUUUAAUGGGGACUUUGUGGACAGGGGGAAGAAUUCCCUGGAGGUGAUCAUGAUCCUGUUUGCAUUCCUCUUGGUGUACCCAAACGACAUGCACUUAAACCGAGGGAAUCAUGAGGACCACAUUGUGAACCUGAGAUACGGUUUUACAAAGGAAGUUAUGCAAAAGUACAAGAUGUAUGGGAAAAAAAUUCUCCACCUUGUGCAAGAUGUGUUCAGUUGGUUGCCGUUGGCAACAAUAAUUGACUCGAAGGUGCUGGUCGUCCAUGGAGGCAUCUCAGACACAACUGACCUGGAUUUACUGGGGUCAAUAGACAGACACAGGUUUAAAUCUGCACUCAGGCCUCAGGCCAAAGCCUCUGAAAACCCGAAUGAGAAAAGUGUGGGGGACCUCUACCUCAAGGCACAAGCUCCGAAGAGGCUGGACAAGAACGGGAAUGUUGGAGGGAAGCCACCAGAAACUUCCAGCAAUUCCAUUAUUGACCAUUCCUCCUUUCGAAAGCAGAGGCCUGUGACAUCAUCGGCUUCCUCAGUGUACAGCCUCAGCAGAUUGGAUAGUGACCAGGAUGGAGGGAGGGAGGAUGAUGUGCUCCAAAGAGAUUCCAACCAGGAGAGGAUGUUGGAUGGCAGCCGCAUAGAGGGGCACAACUCCACUCCAAUCCUCGAAGUGUCCUGCUUAGACUGCGAAGUGUCCUUCACCAAUGACAUAUCAAGAGAGGAGAUGGAAUGGAAACAGAUUAUAGACGUACUGUGGAGUGACCCAAGGAACCUCACUGGCUGCAUCCCAAACAGCUUCCGAGGAGGGGGCUGUUACUUUGGUCACGAUGUGACACAAUGCGUGCUGAAACGGUACGACUUGGAGCUGCUGAUCCGGUCACACGAGUGCAAACAGGAAGGAUAUGAACUCUGCCACGACGGAAAGGUCAUCACUAUUUUCUCUGCUUCGAAUUACUAUGAAGAGGGCAGUAACCGAGGGGCUUAUGUCAAACUUGGUCCCGAUCUGGUGCCCCGCUUUGUCCAGUAUCGAGUUAGUAAAUGUACAAGGAAACUGACUCUUCAGGAGAGGGUAAGUGUAGUUGAAGCAUCAGCCCUGAAGUCCUUGCGUGAGAAGUUUUAUGCACACAAAUCCGAAGUUAUCGAUGCCUUCAAACAAUACGAUAAAGAUCAGACAGGGAGGAUUUCUACGAGUCAGUGGGCGUUGGCGGUGGAAUCGGUGCUCCAUUUACACUUGCCCUGGCGAACUCUGCGCUCCAGGCUGGUGCGGGUCAAUACUGAGGGCAGUGUGGAUUAUCUCUCCAGCUUUGAAGAUCUCCAGAUUGAACAGCCCAUGAAAGAGGUUCAACCAAACCUGAUUGAAACUAUGUACAGGCAUCGGGCAGAUCUGGAAAUUAUCUUUGGAAUGAUUGAUAAAGAUCACUCAGGAAUGAUAUCCAUUGAGGAAUUUCGCCAGACCUGGAGAUUGUUCAGUUCCCAUCUGCACAUUGACAUGAACGAUGAGUGUAUCGAUGAUCUGGCUCGGAGUAUUGACUUCAACAAGGACGGCAGCAUAGAUUUCAAUGAGUUUCUCGAGGCUUUCCGAUUGGUGCAGAAGGAUAAUCAAUAACAUUGUGAAAGAGAAUGUCAGGAUAAUGUAAAUAUUCAUCAAGUGGUACUUGCCUGUGUCCAGUUUCAUCUCAACAUUCAUGUGUAUGACAUCUGCAUGUUAAUAUACAGGAAAUGUAAAUAUUUUUCUUGUAAUAAAUUUUA